CACCUUCAAGUUUCGGAUCUCACUCGCAGCUCGGACUUGAAGCUUCCAAAGGUCAUCACUUCAGAAACGUGUUUCUAACUUGUUAACUGAACUCAACCCUGGUGUGCAUGGGUAGCUGCUCGCAGGAAAAAGAAAAGCAAAUGGUGGACUUGUUUGCGUUUUCGGGAGCAGUUAUUUCAGGAAAAAUUGAAAUGGGUCGUUUCUUUUUGGCACCUUGCCUGGUGCUGCUGGCUGUGCUCUUGCUGGGCAGCGGUGCUGACGCUCUGCAGGUGAUUGGUGGAAGCGUGACAGUGGUUCAAGGAGAUACAGCUGUCUUACCUUGCAAACUCAGACUCAUUGACACCACGGAAGACUUGACACAGAUUACCUGGCAGAAGAGGACCAGAGAAAAACCCAGUAAUGACAAUUUUAUAACUGUUGGACCAAGUCAAGAACCCCAGUUUGUCCAUAGACGUGAUGAUCGAUUUAAAUACAUCGGGAAUUUUAAUGACAAAAAUGGAACUCUCCAGUUUUCCAAUGUUGCCCUGAAGGAUGAAGGCAGCUACACGUGCAUCUUCACCUUGUUUCCCGGUGGAACUAAGAAGACUGAAAUACCUCUAAAAGUUAAUGUGCCUCCUUUCACAAGUGUGAUGGACAAUCUUCCCACUUUGGACACAGAAGAGGUUUUAUUUGCUACGUGCACAGCUGCGGGCUCCAGGCCUCCUGCAGAGGUGAGGUGGCUCACUGGUGUUUUGGGAGACAAAUUGAGGACGACAACAAAUUACAUCCAUUAUAGCAAUGGUACGACUACCACAGUCAGCUCUCUGUUUGGUGUACCUACCAGAGAGAUUAACGGCCACCAGGUCCAGUGUGUCAUCAGCAGUUACGCCAUGUCUACAGAAGAAACCCUGCCCUUCAUCAUACAGGUCUACUUCUCUCCCACAGAAGUGAACAUGAAAGCAAUUUCAGGGCACUCAUUUGAGUGUGUGACAGAAGCCAACCCAAAUGCAAACUUCACCUGGAGCAGAUAUGGCCAGUCUUUACUACCAUCUGUUGUAAAAGUAGAGGGUGCAAAGCUACAAGUGCUGAGUCUGACCUCUGAUCUUAAUGGCCUCUAUCAGUGUGAAGCAUCUAACACAUAUGGAAGAAAAUACGGUCAGCUCUAUGUGCAUGUGGCAUCAGAAGCAUGCUCUGCUGCUUGGGCCUUAUUUGGUGUUUUGCUUUCCCUGAAUGUCAUUGGAGCAGCAGCAUGGUGCUUUCAUAAAUCUGGACAUUUUCAAAGCAGCCUCUCCGACAACUGUGGAAGCAAAAGACUGACAACAUCUAGAACGAAGGCUCCAAUAAUAUGUCAUUCCAGACUCAGCUGCCUAAUGAACACAUGAAGAACAGGUGGAGGUACUUGGUGUCUUCAUAUAUUCCUGCUAUUUUAUUUGUCUUCAUCUAGUUUUUAUUGAAGUUUCUUUCUUGCUGUUAACCUGCCUUUAUCGGCAGUUUACUGUUGACAGCAGAUAUUAAUGUGGUUACUGUGAAUUCAGAUAUGAGUAGAGAUCUUCCUGCUAUCCACUGAUUAUAUGUCCUAUUUAUGAGCCAAAAACAAAAUAAUCAGCUGUGACAGCAUCUUAUAGGCAGCAUAGGCAUUUUUAGGCAGCAUGACACUGCCUAUGAGAUCACCUAAAAAUACAAGUUAACUUGUUAACAUGUUAGUGCUU